CCACUUGCAAACUUCUCGCGUUGGACCAGUAGACUUUGCGCAGCAUCUCGUCGUUCUCAAAACCAACUCUGUGAUUUUAAACGGCGGAGAUCCUCCCACUUAGAGGCGGGGAGUGGGUGUUCUCAGGGCCUCGGGAGCGCUCAUAAAACCCCACCUCUCGUUUUAGGACUGCAGCUGCAAUUGGCUAGAUGAGGAGGUACUGGAAGAGAUGUUAAGCUGGCUGCUUCCACCCAUGGCUCUGCACACACACAGGGGCGGGUUGUGCCGGGGACAGCGGGAGGCUGGGCUCCGAGGCGGCGGAGGCGGUGGAGGAGGAGAAAGCGGUGGUGGAGCCGAUGUUUCCCCAGCCUGCUUGCCUACUUCGGUGACCGAGCCGCUCCUGCUGCUGGGUUGCUGCCUGCGGCCGAAGGAUCGGUCCGAGCGAGGGCGGCUGUUGACGCCGCCGGUGGAGAUGAUGGCGGAGGGCGGCGGCGGCGGCGGCGGCGGCGGGCAGCGGCUCAAGGCGCUGUCCCUGCUAGAGGCAGCCCGCUGCCGCUAUGAAAGCCUGCAGAUUUCCGACGAUGUCUUCGGGGAAUCGGGCCAGGACAGCAGCGGCAACCCAUUUUACAGCACCACCGCGGAGUCGCGCUCUGCCUCCGAGGAGGAAGACGAGGAGGAGGAGGAGGAGGAGGAGGAGGAAGAGGGCGAAACCCCCGAGGGUGGACGCGGCCAUCGGGGCAGGACUGGAGGACGCCAAGGCUCCAAGGCGUCGGCAGCGAAAGAGCAGGAGGAAGAGCAGCAGCAAGUGCAAGGUGGCUUGGAGGCGAGUUUCCUGGGUCCCGCGGAGCAACAGCGGCGGGAGGAGGAGGAGGAGGAAGGCGAGAGGGGCUGGAGCCAGAGCCUGCGGAACACCCCGACCCCUUCUUUCAAGGAUAGCAGCGGUCCAACUCGCAAAAUGCCACCCACUGCCAGUGCCAUGGACUUUUUCCAACUCUUUGUUCCUGAUAAUGUGCUAAAGAACAUGGUGAUUCAAACCAACAUGUAUGCCAAGAAAUACCAGGAGCGGUUUGGCAGUGAUGAGGCUUGGAUGGAUGUCACUCUGAUAGAAAUCAAGGCCUUCCUUGCCUAUAUGAUAUCUACAAGCACUCACCAUUGUGAGUCGGUCCUCGGCAUCUGGAGUAGUGGUUUCUAUAGCAACAAGAGCAUCGCAUUAAUCAUGACUCAGGCAAGAUUUGAGAAGAUUCUUAAGUACUUCCAUAUUGUGGCCUUUCGUUCGAGUCAGACUACACAUGGCCUCUAUAAAAUCCAGCCCUUUCUGGACUCUCUGCAACAUAGCUUUGACUCUGCUUUCAAGCCUUCCCAAACACAGGUACUCCAUGAGCCUCUGAUUGAUGAAGAUCCAGUUUUCAUUGCCACCUGCACAGAGCGAGAAUUACGUAAGAGGAAAAAACGGAAAUUCAGUCUCUGGGUACGGCAGUGCUCAUCAACCGGGUUUAUAUGCCAGAUCUAUGCCCAUCUGAAGGAAAGCAGUGGGACUGAAGGUCUGGAUGCUUUGAAGAACAAAGCCCAGCUUCACAGCAUAGUGGCCAAGAGUCUUUGUCAGAAUGUCACGGGGAAAAACUGUAUUGUCUUCACUGGCCCCAGCAUUACCAGCCUGAACCUCUUUGAAGAAUUUGAAAAACAAGACAUUUAUUGCUGUGGAUUGCUAAGUACAAGGAAAAGUGACUGCACAGGGCUGCCUUCCUCAAUGCUAAACAACCCAGAGACCCCUCAGUCUCGCGGACAUUACAGGAUAAAAAUGAAAAGAAACAUGUCUUUGAUCUGCUGGUACAAUAAAGGCUACUUUAGAUUUUUGACCAAUGCUUAUUCUCCACUUCAACAAGGAGUUAUCAUUAAGAGGAAGAGUGGAGAGAUCCCAUGCCCUCUUGCAGUGGAAGCCUUUGCUGCUCAUCUUAGUUAUAUUUGCAAAUAUGAUGACAAAUAUAGCAAGUAUUUCAUUUCUCAUAAACCAAACAAGACCUGGCAACAAGUCUUCUGGUUUUCCAUCAGCAUUGCCAUAAACAAUGCUUACAUCCUGUACAAAAUGUCUGACGCCUAUCCUGUGAAAAAGUACAGCCGAGUACAAUUUGGUGAGAGACUCGUAAAGGAGCUGCUUGGAUUGGAAGAGCCCUCACCUGGCCAUUGAUGGAUCCUUCUUCACAGCUUAGGCUAGGAGUGGGGGGGGGGGAGAUGGAGGAAAGAAGAGGGAAAGAACCCUGGGAUGCCAAGAUGGGUAACUUACUAUUCCAUGUGACAAAAUAUUUAGGGAAGCCCUUAAGUAUGUUGGUGUCUUCCCAAUGGCCUUGUUGAUGUUCAAAGGGCCCUCAAGAGAGCACUGUAUGAAAGCUGCACAUGUGAGUGCAACACAAGCAUCGGUGAAUCAGAAGUGAAUUUAUGUUAGCUAUUGCUCAAUCUGAUUUUUCAAACAGGGUGUUAGUUGUCACACAAAUCCUUUUCCCUAUCCCUUUUCAAGAUAGAAAGGCUCAGCAGUUCCAGUUGGGCAUGUUAUUGUUUGUUUGUUUUUUAAUCAGUGCACAAUGUGUAAAGUUAUGCACUGCUGUGUGGCUGAGAAGAGGUUGCUAGAAGAGAAAUAUAUAUAUAUAUAUAUAUAUAUUAAAAAAUAUAUAUAAAAAAUCUAUUUUGCAAGCCAGUGAUUAGGCAAUGGCAAUGAAGACAGUAGACUGAAGAUUUUAUUUUGUUGCAAUGCUUUUAGAUUGUAAAAGGGGAUAUAAUUUUGACAGAAAAAUGCUUUUUUUAAUAUAAAGGAACAGUGAGAAACUGAAAAGUUUACCAAACUAAGUUCAUUGUGCUAUCAGAAGUCCAAGAUUAAUUUCAGUUAUGCCUUAACAAAAGCAUAUGAGAUUUAAUUGCAAUCAUCCUGUAUUAUUCUCCAGACCUUGAAUUUUUUUACACAAUGUGAGAAACAUAUAAAAGAUUCUCUGAGGAAUUAGUUUCUCCUUAACGGUGGCUGGAUUUGUGCUUUUUACACAAUGCUGCAUAAACGUAUAUGCCAAAUCCAGAAAUAGUUAAAGGUAAAAUUGGAGGCCCCAAACCUAAUGAUAUAUACUGGUAAGUCUAAAACCAAAUGACAUAAACAAUUUGUUGCAAGUUGAUGAGUCAUUUGUGAAAUUGCUGAGUGAGGCACAAUAUAUUUCCAAGUGUGUUAUUUCCAUUUGUCCUUUAAAAACUCUUACCCAAAACAAUUUAACAUUCUUAGAUGCUGAUAAAUAUCUAAGUACCCUAUACAUCUCCAUACUGAUGAAUGAAUGCUGCUCAUGAAGUCACUGCCAAAAAGUUAUGACAACAUUUUUUUAUUUUGCUCAGCUAACAUCAGACUUGCCAGCUAGCUUUUUCCCAAGGCAUUUACUUCAUUAUGAUUCCAUUGUUUUGGCCAUCUUGCUGCCUUGUCAUUUAUGACAAAUGAGACACUUUUCUGAAGAAAAAAAUCAUUGCAAUACUAGACAAUCAGAAUCACUUGCAUGAUAAACUUUGUUAUGAACCAGUUCCAAAGCAUUACAAAAAAAUAGUCAUGCCUCCACUUCAGCACAAAAAGUGCUGAGUAUCACAUGGUUACCAGGCGCAUGUGGGCAAGAAAAAAAAUUGCACAUAAAUUACAUUGCAGAGUUUGACUGUAGCAUUGCUUUGUGUGAUACAAUUUAAAUAUUCAGAGAUGACAUUCCCUUUUAAAGUAAGUGAUCACACAUGGAAAGAUGUGUUUAAGUCUUUUUGUAAUUAACUAUUUUCAUAAUUGUUUAAUAGUUAACAGCCCAACACAUCUGGAAGGAAAGAUUUUGGAAGGCCUCCAUAGAGCUAAUGUCAAUGUAAACAUCUUUAUGUCCUCUGUGGGUCUUAGGGGGCUCGGGGGCUGCAAAACCAGAGUUAGAUGCUCCCUAUGACAGGAGCUGAUAAGUAUAUGAGCUGAUGCAGUUUGAAUCAAUUGCAUUUUCUGAGUAUUUUUAAGGGUAGUCCCCAGUAGAGAGUGUUACAGUAAUCUAGCCAAAUGGCGACUGGGGCCUGAGUUGCUAUACCUAGACCAGGGGUAGGCAACCUUGGCUUUUUUAUGACUUGUGGACUUCAAUUCCCAGAAUUCCUGAGCCAGCCAUGAAUCAUAAAAGAGCCAAGUUUGCCUACCCCUGACCUAGACCUUCUUGGCUCAAGUCAAAUUGCAAAUGAUAUACCAGCUGAAGCUGGGCAUAGACUUCUGAGUCACUGCAUGUCAAGGAACAUAGGUGUCUGUCAUUCAGAGAUAGUUGCUGUUGCAUUUAUAGGUCUGUGAAUGUUACGUUCUGGCUAGGGGACGCUCAAAUCUCAAAGCACAGAAGACAUAGAUGGAUUGUCCAAUCAACAUGCAGGAUGUGCAUAUCCAUACAACACUUAGUUGAGAUUUCGGAGGUGUGCUCGUCAGCCUGUCUGCAACCAUCUGCAACUUACACUUACCCAUCAAUUCCUUCACUGUGUUGGUGUGUGUUGAAUCUACCAUACACACAAUUGUGGACAAGUCUAAAUCAACCUUUGCACUUAAGCAUGGCACAAACACACCCUGUGAACCUUUUUAUUUCUACCAUGCUGUCAUUUCACCUCCAGCCUAUCUACCGAGUGUUAUUCCCCCCCCCUUUUUUUCUGGAAUUGUCCAAAAAUAGCCAUCAGGUAUGUAAAAUGUGUUAGGCUUUGUUACCCAUUUCUUUGGAAGGAUGUUAGAUGACUGCAGUGACUGGAAAUAGAAGCAAAGAGGCAGGUUAGGAGUCAGUCAUACAUCCUGGUAGUUUUUUCUGCCAACUCAAGGAUGGUGGAUAGAACCAACUCACAGUGUAAGGGGGGGACACACAAUUUUGCUUCAAAAUAGUUAGCAUUUGCAAUAUAGUAUGAUACCUUUGUAUUCAAACUUUCAUUUGUUGCAUAAUGCCUGUUUAUCCAAAGCUUAGUUUAAGGUUUUCUUCCAAAAAAGAGUAAGGAUUUCAGCCAUGUUGGUUGACCAUUAAAAGCUUCCUACUCAUCUCAAAUAUACUUUAAUUAAGUACCACUCCUUAACAAGCAACUUCAUUGCAUUUAACACAACAUGCUUCUUAUAGAAUUAGCUAGUCUUGGUGAAUUAUUUUUUGUGGUGAAAAAAUCUUCCCAUAUAUAAAAGUUUGAAUUAACAUAGAUCAGCUUUCCUCAACUUUAGCAUAGUUAGAGGGCAUGGACAAGUAUUCUUCUUGAGAAAGGCUGAUCCAGAUGUGUUUCAACAUCCUGAAUUCUUGAGGUCUUUAAUCUUCAUUACUUUGUUUUACCAAUUAUGCCUAUAUUUCCUUAAACAUUUUUUGUUAGGACUAGCAAUAUCAGCAAGAGGGAUUGUCUCCCAUAUUCAGUUGGCUAUAUAAGAUAAUACUGGUAAUAUUUCAUUCUUAAAAAUGUGAAAUUGUAUUAUAGUCUUCCUUGUACUUUUCUUGAAAUUUAGAAUUUCUAUAGAAGGAUCUCUAAGCAUACCAAUUUCCUCCCAAUUUCUCACUGAUGCUUAAGAGCAUUGUUCAUCUUACAAGACUUGUAGACUACUCUUAAGAGUUCUCCUGUCAGGAUAUAGUGCCCUGAUACUAACAGCAGACUAUACAAGUAUUCAAGGUGAGGAUGUAUUCAUAUAUAUGACAAUGAACUUGGGGAAUUGAGUUAUGCAUUCAUCUGUGUAAAGACCAUCCAGAUAAAGACAGGUAUAGUGGUGGACAGAAAGCGUUUCAAAAGUGCUUUUUCAAAAGGCAAUUUGGACUUGUUUUUUCCUUGAGGAAGAUGUUUCGCUUCUUAUCCAAAAAGCUUCUUCAGUUCUGACUGAA